CCUAAUCUACCUACAAUCAAAGAACUCAAACCCAGGAUUCGAUCAGUUUAAGAAACCUCACAAAAUCAAUGUCAGCCUCAAAUCAAGAACAAUUUUUCAACGAUGAGGAGACAACAGCUCUCAGGAAUUUUUGGAAGCAACUUUUCAGCUUGUUGGGGUUGAAUCCCGCUAGCGAAAAGUCUUUGCCCACCAGCAACGAUGGCGCUCAGUCGAUUAUCUCACUCCACGGACGCGAGAAGUUUGCAGAAGCGUUGUGGAAUUUCACUACGGUAGACGAUCCUGAUUAUACAUGUAUCAAGUUCAUUCGCGCUAGAAAACUCAAUAUAGAUGAAGCUAUCACGAUGCUAAUUGAAUGCUUGAAAUGGAGGAUCGAAUUUAAUGUAGAAUCUGUAAUCUUCAAGGGAGACAUAGGAUUUAUGUCCGAGAAAGGUGAAGAUGGAGAUGCAUUCACUAAACAAAUUAGUUGUGGAAAGACAUUUGUACAAGGGUUUUCUAAGAUGGGUGGACCUGUUGCAUACGUAUUUGCAAAACAUUACAAAGCGGGUGAACAAAGUCCUAAAGCCAUGGAAGACUUCGUCGUUUAUGCCAUGGAAAGUAUUCGAAUGUUUACUAUUAAUCCAAAGUCCAAAAUCACUGUGGUCAUCGAUCUUGCCGGAUUCGGGUUGGUUAACAUGGAUUGGAAGGCUACGAUGUUUCUGAACAAAUGUCUGGAAGCUUAUUACCCUGAAUCCUUACAAACGCUGAUCAUCUUUAACGCUCCUUGGGUCUUUCAUGGAAUUUGGAAAGUCAUUUCAUCUACCUUGGACCCUGUGGUCCGCUCGAAGAUCACGAUGACUAAAUCUGUCGAAGACAUCCGAACCCAUAUCGACAAAAGCUAUUUACUUGAAGACCUUGGUGGUGAUUCAACUUGGAAAUGGUGUUACAAGGUUCCAACAGCACGUCCCGAACUUGAGGAUAGCAGGAAACAAGAACUUUUAUCGCAGAAAAAAAAUCUAAUCGAUCAUUAUGUCAAAGUGACUAAUUCAUGGAUUGAUGAUGAUUCUGUUACCAAUACACAACUGAGGGAUUUCGUUGCAUCAAUGCUUCGCGUCAAUCAUCUGUCUCUUGAUCCUUUCAUGCGCGGUAAAACGGCGUAUCAUCAAGAGGGCAAUAUUCGUGAUAACGGUCAAAUGGGUUUUCGAACUAGCCAUACUUCAUCACAGUGGGAAUUCUCAAAGUAUUAUACAAGCAGAGAUGAACUUUUAGAUAAGAUCAAGCGAUCUCAAGACAAUUUCAAAAUUCAAAAGGUUGACUAUCCAAUUGUUGAAUUUGAGCUUUGAUUUAUUGAAUUCAUCCUUUGCGUGAUUAUCAUUCUAGGUUGUACUUUACUAGAUCAUAUACCCAUCGUGUCUUCUCUUUCAUAAUAUCUUGAUACAUCGCGAUUUCCUUGCUUCAUCUUAAUUUAUUUCAUUUCGCCAGGCACUCGUGAGAAACUCGGAUAUGUAUUAAUUAAAUUCGCCAAUGAUCUCCUGAGGCGCACUCCUUUGAACCC